AUGGCAGACUUACAGGCAGAGCUCGAUGCAGUGCUGUCAGAAGGGGGGGAUACCAUGCAGGGUCUUCCACCUCCACACGCCAAGGUCCAGGAAGACACGUUGCUGCUGGACACACCCCAUAGUGAUACAACAGCAGAUGUGUAUGAUGGCAUCUCUGUACUCAGCUCCACCCACAUGGCAUUGCCAGACUCAAUGAACUUGCUUGGUUACAUGGCCUUUGCUGCAACAUGCUCCAUAACAUUGAAUGCCAACAUCCAAAUGCUGGCAGCCAACAGCCACCAUCUCGAUUGCAUGGCAUUUGCAGUCACAGUGAUGGAGGGUACAGCACUAAAUGCAAGUGGCCAACAACUGCAAAGUGCAGAUGGCAUCCUACUGGAGCCCUCAUCACUCAAUGAAGCCAGAGCAUGUGAUGACUGGCCCAAGUGGCAAGAAGCAAUGGCCAGUGAGAUGACUAGCAUGCACAAAAUGAAAGUCUUUGAGCUUGCAGACACACCAGUGGAUGGUAGACUCAUCGGCAUUCAUUGGGUAUACAAGCUCAAGCUCGAUGCCCAAUGCCAUGCCAUGUGA